UGUAUAUUUGUAGUCAGCCGUAAUUAUUGCAAUUGUCGUGCGUUGUGCAAAUAGUUAUAGUGAUCAUAAGUAUUUAAAAAUGAAUUUAUGAAAAGUUCUACUGGCGAAAAACGUAGGAAACUCCGCCAAAUGAGCAUGGCAUUGGUGACCGUGCAGCGUUCGCCGAGUGUUACUGGUUCGCCGCCACAAUGUGGCUCGGAAGGAGAAACUGAGGAUGAUGAAGGCAAUAGAUCUGAAAAGAGCGAAUGCUUCUUUGCCGUUAAGGACACUGUUUUGGGACUUGCUCUUAAAGAUGUUCCAGCAAAAACUAAUGAACGUCGCGCAAGUACAGAUUCGGCGAAAUCUACUAAUAGCACACAAAGUAAUAAUUCUGAUAUUCAACAACACUUACAAUCAAUGAUUGAUCUACUUUACCCAGAGGAAACCUUGAAGAUGGCUGUUAAAUUAGAGUCCCAACGACCGAAUCGCACAAGGUAUUUAGUGAUUGUAUCACGUUGUUGCUACCGCCCCACAACCACCGAUCGAAAAAAUAAAAUUAUGCGACAUAAUUCGACAAAAGCGAACAAUGCCAUAGCAUCGGCAAAUAUCGUUACUAUGCGUCAAUCGUCAGCGGAUAGUAUUAAACGAACGCCACAACAGCAGCAGUCACAAACGGAGUCAAGUAGUGGCGGUGAGGAGUCAACGGAUGCUCAAGACAAAAAUUACACCAGCGGAUCUCAAUCUGCGAAAGCAACUCAACGGCAGACCAUAAAAAGUGAUACAGAGAAAAUCAGUGCCUCAGGCGAUAGUAAAAUUUGCGAGGAUGGUGUCGAAGAAUCCUGUCUACUGGGCAUUGACUGUAACGAACGUACCACAAUUGGACUUGUAUUGCCUAUACUUGCCGAUACGACAAUACAUCUUGAUGGUGAUGGUGGUUUUAGCGUUUCAGUUUAUGGUAAAACCCAUAUUUUUAAGCCUGUUUCUGUGCAAGCCAUGUGGUCUGCAUUACAAACAUUACAUAAAGUAUCGCAAAAGGCUCGUGAGAAUAAUUUCUAUCCGCGUGGACCAUCGCACGAUUGGACAUCAUUUUAUGAUAGCCAUAUCGAAUCUGAACAGUCUUGCCUGAAUGAGUGGAAUGCUAUGGACUCAAUCGAAAGCCGACGUCCCCCUUCGCCAGAUGCCAUAAGAAACAAACCAACAGCAAAGGAGGAAACGGAAAGUGUUAUAAAAAUGAAGUUGAAGGAAAUAAUGAUGUCAGUGGAUUUAGAUGAGGUUACCUCAAAAUAUAUACGUGGUCGACUUGAAGAACUACUUGAUAUGGACUUAGGCGAAUUCAAGUCAUUCAUUGAUGCGGAAAUGUUAACCAUCUUAGGUCAAAUGGAUGCGCCAACAGAAAUUUUCGAUCAUGUCUAUCUUGGUUCGGAAUGGAAUGCCAGCAACUUGGAGGAGUUGCAAAAAAAUGGUAUACGCCAUAUACUUAAUGUAACUCGCGAGAUCGACAAUUUCUUCCCGGGUGUAUUUGAUUACUUUAAUGUAAGAGUAUAUGAUGAUGAAAAAACGAAUUUGUUGAAACACUGGGACAACACAUUUCGUUACAUAACUCGUGCCAAGUCGGAAGGCUCCAAAGUACUGGUACACUGUAAAAUGGGUGUCAGCCGAUCGGCAUCAGUGGUAAUCGCUUACGCCAUGAAGGCAUACAACUGGGAAUUUAAACAUGCACUGCAACACGUUAAAGAACGCCGUAGCUGCAUAAAGCCGAAUAAGAAUUUCCUCAAUCAAUUGGAAACUUACCGCGGCAUGUUGGAUGCAAUGAAGAAUAAAGAAAAACUGCAGCGCAGUAAAAGUGAGACGAAUUUGAAAAGCACAAAAGACGCGCGUCUUCUGCCUGGCAGUGAGCCCACACCACUCAUACAGGCCCUAAAUCAAUCCAAAUCGAAGUCAACCGGCGGUCAUGAUGAUGUAAGCUGUGGUGAUAACGUUGUGGCUUGUACCGAUGGGAACAUUUUGAGUGGCAAAAGUGUUGGACGAUCAAAAGUUUCAGCCGCCAUUAAUAGUGGCGGCACAAAUGAAGCCAAGCAACGUCGCCUGGUGCGUCGGUCCAGUAGCACAUCACCGCAGGCGGUGCCACACGUGCCACAUAUGACAGUAGUAAUUAAACAGCAGAGUCAAUCGUUGGAAAAUCUAACGCCGGAACGAAGUGUAGCAGAGGAGCCGAAGAAUAUGCGUUUUCCCGGAAGUAAUGGCGAAAAUUAUAGUGUUACGCAAAAUCAAGUACGCCACAUACAAAAGAAUGUACAACCGCCGCCACCUCCACCGCCGCCGCCUCCUUCAACCAUUUCCCAACAUCAGUUACAACAAAAGAAACAGAAACAACAAAUAGCAUCUGUACGUACUCGUGUACAGGAUCUCGAAACACAUACAAAUACACGUAAGACGGCCGACGAUCGUAGAUCUCUUAACUUGCAAUUCGGUCGCUCGGUUUCGCACGAUACUGGCACAACAGUAACACGUAUGGAAAUGUUACCUUGUUAUGGCGGCGACGCCACAGUGCAAACUGAGCACAGCCCCGUUUGGACAUCGUCUGCAAAACUCAUAACACAGACAUCCAACCUGAAAUCUGCUGCCGAAAUUGGAGGUGGCGACGAGGCACUUGUUCAGAAUAGAUCAAGUAUGUGUUCCGACACCACAAAUGUAAGUGAUGAUAUUGCAAAUAAUGUAAUGGAUGCAUCUCCCACUGAGCCUACAAAAGAGGAGCAAUUCAAAUUGGACGGCAGACGUCAUAGCCGCAAAACUCAGUCCUGGACUGCAAUCAGUGGUACAAGUGACUUGAGUGGUGGCAGCAGAACCGGUGGUAUUGUUUUAGAUCGUCUCAACGUUCUGGGUGCAGGUACGAGUGCCAGCAGUUGUGCUAACAGCAAAUUGGGCUCUAAUAGCAGUAUUGAUUCGAUCUCAUCGAGCGUCGCAUCUUCGACGACUACCACAUUAGAGGAGCGAGUGAUAACUCGAACCCAUAGGCAUCGGGAUUUGCCCUCACGACAUGCCUCUUGGGGUUCAGGAGAUACGAGAAGCGCUGUACCAGUACGAAAUAGUUCCUGGUCAGCAUAUGACAGCAAUCGCAACUCCUGCCAAUAUGGCGGCGGGGCAAUACUCGAAGGGCAAAUACAUGAACUUAACAUCAAUAAGAGCAAUAAGACUGCCACACAAAUUUACCAGAGUGGAUCGAUGCAAUAUCAGCAUCAACACCAUGUGGGAACGGUGAAGCGCACUAAACAGAAAUUGGAACAAUGCGGUAGCACUGGCAACAAUCAUACGCUAAAGAAAUUGUGUUCAGAAAAUGGUGAGCGUUCGUCUGAUGAAACCACAGUAGCCAACAGUGCAAAGCGCAUCGCCAAAGGUGCAAUUAAUUUGUUUCGAAGUGCUUCAGCUGCCGGUUCGACACGCACCCGUUGUCCUCCAUAUCGCUGCAACAGCGUCGAAAUUGUACCCGGGGUUACAAGUACUUCAACUGGCGGUAGCAAUGCCGGUGCGGACGUAUUAGCAUGCCAGAUGGUUAUGCGUCGAAGUGACGGCAGCCGGCCGCUCCACAAUGACUUAUUUUCAGCUUCCUCUGCUCCCGAAUCGUACACAAUAUCCGAUAUAGAGAAUAAAAAUAUGUUACCACCUGAAUCUGACACAGUCACAACUCUAAUAUCCGGCGUAGACGAAGAUGAGGAGAUCGUAUUAAUGCGAGGAAAUGUUGGCAGUGGUGCUAACAUCACUGAUCAACGUAUCUCCGGUACUGUGCAAAUACUCAAAAAAAGUUUUGAGGCCAAAGCGGGCAGUGGUAAUAGUGGCAGCGGUGCCACUAGUGGAAAUGUAUUACAAAUACAAACAGCAGUCUUGCCUGCGAAGAAAGGUCAUCACUCAUUGCCUUCUUCACCAGUGGCGCAGCAUGCGGAUCCACAUCAUUCCCGCCAACACAAUCCGCAAAUUGCAUUGACUGCAGACGUUACAACAACAGCUUCUACAACGCACAGUCUCACCGCAGCACCACUCUGUGAGACUGAAACAGCUCCUGAAAUGGUUGAUACGACAUCAAGCACUAUAAACGCAAUAACGCAGUCUAUAUUUACGCCCGUCUCUACUGCAUCCACGACAAUGUCAGUAGCAUCGUCGUCUUCGUCUACAUCGUCGACAUCAUCGAGCAUGUCUGAUCCAUAUGUUGACCGCAACGUUAAGGUGCUGGUGCAUAAAUACCAAACGCCAACUCCGAUCAUGCCCACAAGCAAACAAGAUUGCGUUGUGGGCUCUAACCCAAUAUCUUCAAAUAUGUCCUUCUCAUCUCCUUCAUCCUCCUCCUCAUGUUCAGUACCAACAACACUAGCGUCGAUUGCUAGUUCCACCAGUCAUUCGAAACCCCGCCGUCAUUCCUAUUAUGAAAGUGGUGGUCAUGCGUCGCACAAAUCUAUAUCGAUGGGUAGUAGUAGAACUGGCGGCGCUAUUGGCGGUCGUUUGUCACACCACGAGUAUAGUGAUGGCAGGCCGCCUCCUGCACCAGCUAAGACCACUCAAUCAUCGCAUGGCAACAAUUCUCAGCCACCUUUGGGAGACAAUGCCCAACAGCAACCACAACUACAGCAGCAACAACAUCAGCGUCGUUUACAACAGCAUGGCCGCACGCAUCCACUCAGCCGGCUAACGUUACCAAAACAGAGCUUCAAUACAGCCGCUUACAAUACCAUGUAAAUUAUAUCAGCGAUGUCGCACCGUCCCCUUAACCAAAAUCUGUGUUUGGUGUACUCAUUUGUAUAAUGUUGUAACAGCACUUCUUCACAACCACGCCCCGAAAAGCGAAAAACUCAUACACACGCAUCAUUUCAGUGCACUGUUGAACCGCCCUGAUAUUUUUUUAUAAUGUUAGUGAGUGUUUAAGAUCUGUGUAAAAUUUAUAUGCUCACUUAACCACCAGUUAUUCUUUAUCAGCUUCGUUUCCCGCGCAACCGCUUCUUUGCAUUUCUAAGCAUUUUCUAACCAAUCCCUAAACUAUAUAAGUAUUUUUCUAAGGGGGAAAAAGUUUGUUGCUGCUUGCAUUUCUAAAAUAUUUGUUUAUUUUGAUAUUGUCCACUGCCAGCGCGACAAAAAAUUGUCUUCCGACUACGCUUCAUUAAUCAGCUUUAAUCGACAUGCAAAUAAACUCAAUCACAAAAAUGGAAUUUAAGUUCAAGUGCACUUCAGUCGUCAUAGCCAAGAAAUAUCAAAGAUGAUAAUUUUAAUAAUUAGUAUUCUAAAUAUUUUGCAUUUCUUCGCCGCAACUUAAUUUUUUUUUCAGUGAACUUUUUUUUUUACAUAGCGUUUUCUACGUGUGUGUGUGUGAGUAUUUCACGCUAUUUUACAUUAUAUUUCGCCCUCACAAUAUCACUAAGCACGCUAAUUUCUUUCCGUAGUUCACAGCUUGUUCUUUAAACUUUUAUUAUAACUUAAAAUUGUUAGCGAUGCAAUGUACUGAUAUACAUAGUUAUAUAUACAUAUAUUCAUUGCUAAUUUCUAUUUUUAUUCAUAUCCAAUCUCUCAUGCCAUUAUCUUUUCCAUGUACCGACUUAUUUGUAUUAUUAUUAUAUUCUGAUUUUAACAAAAUCAUUAUUAUUUAUAAACAUAAAGAUCGCAUUAGAAAACGUAAGGAGCAGUUUUUAUGUAUGUACUACUACGUAGCGCUUUUUACCAUUGCCGUACUGUAUUUGUAUUUUAAUUAUAAGCAUUUGCAACAAAUUCGGCACGACUCACCAAUAAAACCAUAAAAUAUAUAUUUAUCCUACACAUACACAGGAACAACUCCAACUACCACAAUACCGCAAUCAUAUUAUAUUUUGAAAACAGCACAUUGCAAAAAAAUGCAUAUUUAAAUUUUUAACGAAACAAAA